AUGGCGCUCGAGAUGAAGGCCAGUGAGGGUGAUGAGGUGGAAGGUGAGGUGAGCGGUGCCAAGCCUUGCCUCACACUGGGAACAGGCUUUGUGUGCGAAGUUCCCGACACGCCGAAGUUCAUGGACUCCUCAGACGGUGAGGACCAAGACGUGCCAAAGAGUGCCGAGGUGGACAAGGCCAAGGCAGUGGCACGGCGAGCCCUGCAGGUGAUGGACGCACAGGAGGAGGAGGAGCGCCUCAACGUGUGGACAGUGCUGCUGAGGCUGGAGGUGCUCUACGGCGGACCAGAGUCUGUGGCCGAGGCGUACCGGGAGGCGCUGGCCACUAACGACCAGCUCAAGGUCCACCUGGCCAUGGCCAUGGAGGCCGAGAGGGUGUACUUCAACAUGUCCAAGAAGUUCAGUCAGGAGCUGAGUGUGUGGGUGAAGGCGGGACUCUUCUUCUUCAGUCACAUCAUGGCUGGGGAGGGACGUCGCUUCUUUGAGCGGGCGCUGCGCUCUCUCGACAAGAAGGACCAUGUGGAGCUCAUCAACCGGUUUGGCCAGCUUGAGUUUCGCUUUGGGGAGACCGAGUGCGGUCGGACCACGUUUGAGUCCCUCCUCAGCACCUACUGGAAGAGGCUGGACAUCUGGAGUGUCUGA